AGAACAGCGACCGAGCGCCGUGUUGAGCUUAACCAGCAUGGCACACAAGGCAGCCUAUGGUGCUCUCUUUGUCUUGUUAUUUCUUUCCGUUAUUUUCGUCACUGUCAUCUGCCUGCUUGGGAGAGACGGCACAACCCAGCACGAGAGCUUCCCGUUCUGGCAGAGGACCAUCGUGUACCAGGUUUACCCGAGGUCCCUCUGCGACUCGGCUGGGGACGGCACCGGGGACCUUCGAGGCAUCACCAGCCAGGCAGACUACCUGCGGGCCCUGGGCGUGGGCACGGUGUGGCUGAGCCCCGUGUACCCUUCCCCGAUGGCCGACUUCGGCUACGACAUCGCCGACUUCGUGGGCAUCGAGCCGCUCUUCGGAACCAUGGCCGACUUCGAGGAGCUCCGGGCGGCGCUGCACGACAGGGGCCUGAAGCUGAUGAUGGACUUCGUGCCGAACCACAGCAGCGACGAGCACGAGUGGUUCGUCAAGUCCAAGCGGAAGGAGGAGCCCUACACGGACUACUACAUCUGGGCGGAGCCGAAGGGCUUCAACGAGACCGGCGAGCCCAUUCCGCCCAACAACUGGCUGAGUGUCUUCAGAGGGUCGGCGUGGACGUGGGUGGAAGAGAGACAACAGUUUUAUUACCACCAGUUCUUAGCCAAACAACCCGACCUGAAUUACCGUAACGAGCGAGUGCGAGAAGAAAUGAAGAAUGUGCUGCGGUUCUGGCUGGAGAAGGGCGUGGACGGGUUCCGAGUGGACGCCAUAACACACCUCUUUGAAGCUGAAGACCUGAGCCUAGAUGAACCCGUAGCCUCUCCCUCUGGCACCGACGACCCCCUGGACUACGGCUACCUCAACCACACACUGACGCUCAACCAGCCGGAGACCUUUUCUGUCGUCAAGGAGUGGAGAGAUGUCUUAGACCUGUACCCGGAUAAGGCCAUGAUCGUAGAAGUCUUCGGCGAAGAGAUAGAAGAAGUGAUGAAGUAUUAUGGAAACGACAGCGUUCCUUUGGCCGAUUUUCCGUUCAAUUUCCUGCUGAUCGAACACCUAAGGAACCGAAGCGACCUGACCGGCUUCGCUCUCAAAGACACCAUCGACAUGUGGCUGGAUAACAUGCCGGAGGGCAAGUGGCCGAACUGGGUGCUCGGCAACCACGACUACGGGCGGGUCGGGUCUCGCUUCGGUGCCGACGCCGUGGACGCCCUCAAUAUGCUGGUUCUCCUGCUUCCCGGCACGCCCGUCACUUACAACGGAGAGGAGAUUGGCAUGGUGAAUACAUUCAUCUCGUGGGAAGACACGCAGGACCCCCAAGGAUGCCGCUACGGUCCUGAACACUACCAGGAGUUCAGCAGGGAUCCGGAAAGGACCCCUAUGCAGUGGGAUCACAGCCCCUUUGCAGGUUUUACCCAAGGCAACAGCACAUGGCUGCCGGUGAACGAGAACUAUAAGGAGGUCAAUGUCCAGGCACAACUCCAGGCUGAGGAAAGCCACUUGAAAAUAUACAAAGAACUUGCUGCGUUACGUAAAGAGGAGUCCUUUACCCGAGGGCAUGUGGCGUACCCAGUGGUCACCUUUGAAAUCUUCUCCGUGAUGAGGUAUCUCGAAGGCUAUGAGAGCUACCUCUUAGUGAUAAACACGUCUGAGGGCGAGGUGGAGGUCGACCUUCACCACCACUCGAACGUAGAACUCCCCCCGAGUGCCGUGGUCAUCCUCCGCUCUGUCACUGACACCUCGAACUCCACUGUGCCAGGGUCUGUCGUAAAGCUGAGUGAACUGAUACUUGUUCCAGGGGAGGGUUUAUUACUGAACCUGAUAGAAGAAGAAUAAUGAUGUUAUAAGAUAUAGAAUUCUAAAUGCAAGGUGUAUUAUCGUGUAAUAAAAUAUAAUCACGUU